CUUCGUACGCAUUCUUUGGUGCAGCCUUACCUCGACUCGGAUCUCCAGAGCAGAUGGUGGGACUUUGGCGGCGACACCAUCAUCCGCGCCGACAAGCACAUUCGUCUUUCCUCGGAUCGUCCUUCACAGUCCGGCUGGAUCUACUCGAGAGUCCCUUUGACCGCUACCAACUGGGAGAUUGAGGUUGAAUUCGACAUCAACGGCCAGGGCAACCUCUUUGGUGAUGGUUUUGCCAUGUGGGUGACCACGGAUAGAGCGCAACAAGGUCCCGUCUUUGGCAACAAGGACCUGUUUGAGGGACUGGGUAUCUUCUUCGACACAUACAAGAACAACAGACCCGGUGUUGUUUUCCCUUAUGUCAUGGCUAUGCUCGGCGACGGCCACACUGCCUACGACCAGGCCCACGACGGCAAGGCCAACGAGCUCGCUGGCUGCUCGGCACGCGGUCUCCGCAACGCAAACAUUCCCACCAAGGCUCGCGUAACCUACUUCCAGGAGAAGUCGCUCCGCCUCGAGUUGAUGUACAAGAAAGAAGACGAAUGGACCCCUUGUUUCGAAGUCCCCGGUGUCAAGCUCCCCGGCGUUACCUACCUCGGUUUCUCCGCCGAGACUGGUGAGCUCUCAGAUAACCACGACAUUGUCAAGGUCGAGACCAAGAAUUUGUACAGCCCGAGCGGCGCUGCUGGUACACCAAAGGACUACAGCAAGAAUGCAUAUAGACCGAACCAAUACACGAAGAAGGAGGGUGGUGGUUGGGGCUGGUUCUUCCUCAAGUUUGUUCUUUUCGGCUUGGCCGUGACUGGAGCUUAUGUUGGAUACACCAUGUUCCGCGCAAACAGAAGACGAGACAGAUUUUGA